UCUAGGAUUAUUUUCGUGCUUCAGCAGUUCAGGCUGUUCAGCUUCUUCCGAUUAUUUUGUGAUUUUGUCAAACAUUCUUGUACCUGUCAUUCGGUCUCGGUCAUUUGAAGCUUGAACGUACUCCAGUUUCUGAUCGAACCAAAUUGGCUUCUAAGGUUUCUUAUUCUACAAUCUACAGGAGUGGAGGAAAGAGAUGUUUUUAUGAGUACUUGAAGUGCUCUUGCUUGAGCCUUGAGGCAAUUAAAAGGGGAGGUUUUGCUGUUGUUCUGGGGUUUCUUCGCUUGUAGGGUUUCUCUAACGAUUGCAGAUUCAAGGAACCAUGGCUAACUACUAAAUUCCCCAUUCGUUUUUAAUAUUAUUGGGGGAUUUUUUUUUAAUUUUUUAGUAGUUUCAUUUUACCAAAUUUCAAUUCUUUGUUGGCUUUCUCGGAUUUGAGAAAUUGGGCUUGGUUUGAAUACCCCGGAGAGAUGACAUACAAUGCCGAUGAUGAUGUGGUUCCGGAGAUGAAGCUACAGAUGGGGGAUGAAAAUGGGGAUUAUGUGAGAUUGGAAUGCUCGAAUGAUUGCGAAGCGGGUGGAUUGGAAAGGACGGAGUCUCCAUCAUCUCCUAUUGGGUGCAGAUCCUUUUGGGGCAGAUCUUUCUGGUGGUGGGCGAAGGUGAUUCUAGCAUGCAUUUGCUUGGGAUUGCUCACCGCUGCUUUCCUCAUCUGGGCCGUGCCUUUCGUCCUUGACAAGGUGGUUAUCCCGAUCUUAGAUUGGGAGAUGACAACAUUCAGCCCACCAGUGCUUGGAGUUAUACUCUUUGUUUCUAUAGCAUUAUUCCCUACUCUAUUGUUGCCAUCUUCACCUUCCAUGUGGGUGGCUGGGAUUACAUUUGGUUAUGGUCUUGGCUUCCUGUUAAUUAUAGCAGGGGUGGCCGUGGGCGUGUCAUUGCCAUAUUUCAUUGGUUCCUGUUUUCAUCAUAAAAUUCAGAGGUGGCUGGAAAAAUCACCAAAAAAAGCUGCAAUUAUAAGAUUAGCUGGUGCAGGAGAUUGGUUUCAUCAGUUUCGAGCAGUUACCUUACUGAGGAUUUCUCCAUUUCCAUAUAUUAUAUUCAAUUAUGCUGUUGUUGCAACAAAUGUUAAGUAUGGCCCUUACAUACUGGGAUCAUUGGUGGGAGUGGUGCCUGAAGUUUUUGUUACAAUCUACAGUGGUAUUCUAAUCAGGACGUUGGCGGAUGCUGCACAUGAAAAGAGGUCCCUCUCAACACAGCAGACCAUCCUCAACAUUGCCGGGUUUUGUGGGACAAUUGCCGUGACCGUAGCCAUCACACUAUAUGCAAAGCGCCAACUCAAGAAACUUAGGAAAGAAGAGGUACCAUUGUUAGAGUAGGCAUUAGAUUUGAUAGCCGGAGAGGUGUCUGCCGGCCAUGCCUUGUCGAGCCGUGUCUAAACCAAGUGCUACUAUGUGCUUAGUGAUAUAUUUCUACAUCACUGAGUGAUCACUCACUUGAUUGGAACUGACAGGAGCGGGAUGGGGAGUUGCUGAUGCCACGUCAAUUUGUUUGGAGAGGGGGGAGGGGGGUAUACAGGCAAGUGUAUAUAUAUGACAUUAAUAUAUUAGUGUAUGAAAAGCAGAAAACUUAAUAGCAAAGUAGAUGUGAACGUUACUGACUUGUUGGGAAAGUGGGUAGAAAAAAGGAAAAGAAAAUGAAAGAGAGAAAGCAUAAUUUACAAGGUUAGAAAGGGGCGAAUUCCAUUUGGUCUUGUUGAAUUGUUGUGUGAUGACCAAGUCCGGAUGAAGUCAACUAGGAUGCCAUACAGAUACAGACAUCAAGAAAACAAAUCAAAAGUGUGUGGGAAUGUGGGUCUAGGUUUGGUUUCCCUUCCCACUCCUUGCCCUUGGUAGGGACUAGGGAAGUGGUAGGAGGGAGGAUACUCUUUGUGACUCCUUCAGUUCUUUGUUGGGGAGACCCUUGCCCUGGGUUUCAGGCUUUCAGAUGGGUUGGGUGAUUUUAUUCCUUUUCCUGUUCCUGGCGUCAGACUUUGCUGUCGUCAAUGUCCAGGCCUCCUGCCUAUAGUGCUCGUCCUGGGGGUGGUUCUAUCUCUUCUCUACUUACACUCGUAUCCGUAUGUGACCAAGAAUUCUUUUGACCGGUUUGUUAUUGUUUAUUGAUAAUAACCAAAAAAAAGUAUAUGAGAAUCUCGAAGGUUUUUUAAAUAUUGAUUGGCUUAUGAAGAACUCCCAUAUCCUAUUCCUAUCCAUGAUCUCAUAGUUGUUGAACGUAGAAGUUGGUGGAAUGGUAUAUCUCCGUUCUCCGUAGGACUGAAUUGUGGUGGACUGUCAGCUCUCAAGCCCAGCAGCUUUUUUCUGUUUCUUGUCUGAUUAGUUUCUAGAACUACUACUGAAUGGAAAAGGAUAUUUUGAGAGAGAGAGAUGUUUUAGGGACAUGUAUGGAUAAAAAGUGUGAGUAUGUUUGAAGCAUCUAUGUUAAUGGCUUAUAUGAAAUAUGAGAAAAGCUAUUGUCUAUUGGGAUA